AUGGACCCUGCUCAGUCUUGGUUCUCGCGCCUGGUAGCAGAGAUCGGCAUCUCUGCCAUCACAGGGUCAUGCCGCGACACAAAACUAUUAUGCGCACAACGGAUGGUCCGACUCUUUGCAUACGGAGCAUCAUUCCUGAUCCUCGUCCAGUUUCUCUCUAGCCUGGACAUUCCCGACGAUCGCAUCGGCCUCUUCAUGACCCUGACCUUGCUCGGAGAUGUCGCCAUCAGCUUCGUCCUGACCGCCAUCACCGACGCCGUCGGCCGCCGGAAGAUCCUCGCGAUCGGAUCCUUCCUGAUGAUCGUCAGCGGCGUCGUGUUCUUUAUCGCCGAUAACUACUGGAUCCUCCUCUUCGUCAGCGUGCUGGGCGUCAUCAGCCCCAGCGGCAACGAGAUUGGACCCUUUCGCGCUGUAGAGGAGUCCGUUCUCGCCCAGCUCACACGCAAGGAGCAUCGAAGCGACAUCUUUGCCUGGUACACGCUACUAGGCAAUGCUGGUGCAGCCUUGGGCACGCUCACUAGCGGCUGGCUGGUCCAGGUACUCACGCGCACCAAGUCCUGGGAGAAUAUCAGGGCCUACCGUGCUGUCUUUCUUCUCUAUGCCGUUUUAGGCUUGGUCAAACUGACCCUGACUCUUGCCCUCUCGCCCGAAGUUGAGGCCUCGCGAUGGGCUAGUGUUAAAGGAGGUGACGACGAUCAGGAAGCGGAAAGAGGCCUGCUUGCUGAUGGAGCUGCUCAGCAAGAUGGGACCCAAGACAUGGGCACCUUGACCCAACCAGAGACGCCCACGAAGCGAGGAUCUGCGGUUGGCAAACAAAUUCGCAGCCUGCUCCCGGAGAUCUCACCUGAGUCGCGCUCCAUUCUCUGGAGGCUCCUUCUGCUCUUCUCUGUCGACUCUUUUGCCUCCGGUAUGGCCGCGCCGUCUUGGCUCACCUACUUCUUCACCAAGGUGCACUCGUUGCAGCCCUCCACGCUCGGCACCCUCUUCCUGGUCACCAACAUCUUGGCAACGGUCUCGAACCUCGCCGCACUGCCGCUAGCCCGCAAGAUCGGCCCACUCAAGACCAUGGUCUUCACACACCUGCCGUCGUCGCUGUGCCUCGCCGCCAUCCCUCUGCCACCAGCCUCAGCUGGCGGCACUUGGGCCGCCAUGGGAUUGCUCGCGCUGCGGGCAACUACAAACAGCAUGGACCAGGCCCCGCGACAGGCCUUCCUCUCCGCUGCGGUGUUGCCUGCCGAGAGGACGGCUGUGCUGGGCGUAGUCAAUAUCGUCAAGACACUGGCACAGGCCGGGGGGAUAGGCUCCACGGGGAUUCUCGCCAAGGCAUCCUUGUGGAUCGCCGUCCUCGGCGGCGCGGGACUUCUGAAAGGUCUCUAUGACUUGAUGAUGCUCUGGAUGUUCCUUCAUCUCAAGGAUAGGGAUGAGGAAGAGGUUGUGUCUACAUGA